AUGGCAGAACCAGCACCGAAUUACAUUGAAGCGAUUCAAAAGUUAAACUCGACGCAGACAGGAUUCAAGAACCUACGGAAACGACGACCGCGAUGGAGUUCUUCUUCGAAUAGCACGGUUUUGGAUCGAAUGCGAACAUGGAUCGAAUGCCUGGGCUAUUCGAUCAGCGAUCUGGAUCGACUCAACAUCGUUCAUGUUGCUGGCACAAAAGGCAAAGGGACCACCUGCGCUUAUGUCGACUCGAUCCUCCAGCAAUACCGCAUGUCGUAUGGAACGCCCUGUAAGGUUGGGCUGUUCACCUCUCCCCAUUUAACCACUGUGCGCGAGCGAAUUCGUAUCAACUCCGAGCCCCUGUCGGAAGCAAAGUUUGCAAAGUACUUCUUGGAGGUCUGGAACGCUCUGGAGCUUACCGCAGCAAAAGCACCGUCAUAUGCUCGACUUCUCACCCUGAUGUCAUUCCACGUUUUUAUGCAAGAGGAAGUGGACACGGCGAUCUACGAAGUCGGAGUUGGGGGGCAAUGGGAUUCCACCAAUGUUUUCGCGAACCCUGCGGCUACGGGGAUCAGCUCCCUCGGAAUCGACCAUGUCAAUGCGCUCGGGAGUACGAUCGAUCAGAUCGCGUGGCAUAAAGCAGGGAUUUUUAAGAAGGCCAUCGAAAGGGGAACUCACCUUAACAUUGUUGAAGUGCCCUCUGCGAUCCGCGGCCUUGACAUCAAGCCUGCAGAGCAUUUUCAGAGGCAAAAUGCUUCCCUCGCUGUUAGGUUGACGGAGACUGUGCUCACAAGGCUCGGGAUUGCUGCUGCCGAUGAUUGCUGCGAGUCCGACAGACUUCCUGCUUUGUUUGAUCAAGGGCUUGAGAACCUUGAUUGGAAAGGGAGAUGCCGAACUCUGGUCACAGGCCAGCAUCACUGGUAUCUGGAUGGUGCUCACACUCACGAGAGCCUUGAAGUCGCCUGCUCUUGGUUUGGACGGGUAUCAGGGACCCAAAACCUGCCGCGAGUGCUCAUCUUCAACCAGCAGCAUUCGUCGAGGGACCCUGUCGCGCUGCUCAGGACCGUCCAUCGUAUCAUAUACGACAAUCUUGGUGUUGUCUUUCAAUACGCGAUUUUCCGUGUGAAUAGCACAUACAAAGACCAGUCCUGCAAUCCUGAGUUGGUCAACCACAAUAGGAAGUUAGCGACAGCUUGA